ACAUUUUGUAAACUGUGCAAAUGGAAACGCUAUCAGUGCUGUUGGUUUUUACAUUAGUGUACUUGAAGGGUGUUUUCUCCUUAGGCCAAAACGAACCCACUGAGUCUGAUGUUUAUCCAUGUUUUCGCGAAAUUAAAUGCGGCCAUUUAGGAGAGGAAGCUCAAGAGAAACUGGAUAUUUGUUUUAACAUUUUGGACGAAGGGGACCGUGAAAAUGGAGCCCAAUGGAUAAAUGAGGCAACAAAGGGGGCAACAACCGGGAACGACUUAUUGGAUGUCCUUGCUCAAUGGUGCAAACUGGAAGAGAAUGCUAAGCAAUCUUCUGUCUCUAAGAUAGGUGGCAAAUGCAUAGAUCACAUAGGGAUAAACUGUAAUGGUGGUUCCAACGAAACAUGUAAACAAUGGAGCAAAUUUUCAGAUUGUGGGUUUGAAGUUGGAGAAGAAUAUUUUUAUAAGAAGCUCUGUGGCUCAGCUGUAGAUGCUCUGAAGAAAAUUAAAAAAUGGUAGUCAGCAAUCAGAAAGUGAAAGCUUGAAAAUGAUUUUAGCACUUUUCAAAUUCCGAAAACUGCUCAGCCACCAUAAAAACAAUUGCAUUGUAUUUUUAUGCUGCAAUGUAAAAAGGUAAUAAACAAAUCAAGAAAAA